CGUUAAAAUGGCAGCAGAAAUCAAGCCCGCCUCAGGCGUAAAUCCAGACAGGUUCAGUACUAGUCGCAAACCAAUAUUGCUGUCGAAAUUGGAAGGCUGUAAUGACGAUGUUAACGCUGCUGUUAUCAUACCAAGGGAGGAAGGUGUCAUAAGCGUUUGUGAUGACAGGACAAUCAGAGUUUGGCUGAAACGUGACUCUGGUCAGUAUUGGCCUAGUGUGUGUCAAUAUAUGGUCGCAGGAGUUACGGCUAUGGACUAUUGUGUCGAAACCAGACAACUUUUUGUUGGUCUAGAAAAUGGAAACAUAAAUGAGUUCAUCCUCGAACAAGAUUAUAAUCGUAUGACGCUAAUGCGUGAAUAUCUUGCUCAUCAAGCUAGGGUCACUGGCAUUAUUUUUGCUCUUAACUGUGAAUGGGUUUUGAGCAUUGCAAGGGAUAAACUUUUUCAAUUUUAUUGCACCGAUUCAGGCAGCAAGCUUGGCACUUUUCAAACAGAUGCUUGGUACACUGCACUGCAAUUUGAUGCCCAAUCAAAACAUGCCUUUGUUGGAGACUACUCCGGACAGAUUGCCAUGCUUAAGUUAGACAGCACUGGCGUUACUUUCAUCACAACGUUAAAAGCUCACAGUGGUAGCAUUCGAACUUUAGCCUGGGAUUCCGAGAAACAGCUUCUGUUUUCAGGAAGCUUUGAUCAGAGUAUCAUUGUCUGGGACAUUGGAGGCCGCCAAGGCACAGCGUACGAGCUGCAAGGUCACCAUAACAAAGUGACAGCCCUUUGCUAUGCAAAUAAUGAACGAAUUCUUUUAUCUGGUGGCGAAGAUGGCGUCAUUGUAUGCUGGAACAUGACUGCGAACAGAAAAGAGACUGCAGUUUGGGAGGAGUCUGACACAUGCCAGUCAUGUGGUCGCCCCUUCUUUUGGAAUAUUAAAGCCAUGAUGGAUCAACGUCAACUUGGUUUAAGGCAACAUCAUUGUCGCAACUGUGGUCAUGCACUUUGUGCCAGGUGUACCUCUCAUCGCAUUCCAAUUCCUACGAUGGGAUUUGAAUUUGAAGUUCGUGUUUGUGAUCCGUGCCACAUUCAAUUAAAAGCUGCAAACCAAACUUCUCUGGCCUCGUUUCACGACGCGAAGCAUAGCAUCGUUGGAAUGGACCUGGAUGCACCGCGACGCAGGUUGCUGACCAUCGGCCAGGAUCGAGUUAUUAAAAUUUGGGAUAUCACUGCACUCCUCCAAUAAAAUACUCCCUCUUUUUCAUAUAGAGACAUCUCCUGUCCAGGCUAUACCUUAAUUUUUCAACUUUCAAGAAGAAACGUAUGGUGCAGAGAAAGAAAGAUGUAGCUUACGUCGAAUAAUCAUGGUAUAAAGCGAAGAAAAAAAGAGCAUACACUACUCAGAGCCUAUUUUUGUGAUCGUCUUAUUAGAUCAAGAUCAUCUGAUCAUGGCUUUAUAUAUCUUGAAAAGGUGCUCUGUAAGAAUGCUUUUUAAAUAAAUGAGAAAUCAAUGAGAAGCCAGGCGGAGAUGCCCGCAGAGACAAAUCAUUUGUCCCUUUAAAUAAAAAGCAAUGAUCACAAGUACAGUACCAAUGUAAAGCUAUUUUUUUCUCAAUAACAUAAAUAUUAAGGAUAUAUUAAUACUGAUUUUUCAAAUAUUUCUGACACCGUUCUUCUACUAACCGUAGUUCAUAGUUUUCUAUAUAAAAAACUUCUCAAGUGGUCUGUGCCGUCUGGUUUCGUUUCUCACUAUAUUAUUUUCACGAACGUUCUCCUGGAUAGUAAUAUGGUAUUUUAAAAGUGUACGUGUUAACCAUCAAUAUGAAGUUCGAUAAGUUCCUACGUCCUCAAGGACUUCGAAACGAGAAUCGAAAGUAUCUCUUUAUUUUACCAAAAAGCACGUCCACAGGAACAUUCGUGCUCUGGAUAGCCAUUGCAAAGCCAAAUUAACUGUUUCAAAUAAUGUAGUAGAACUGAUCAUACAGUUACCCUGUUUAUACUGUCAGCGAUCGUUGACUUGUGAAUCGUUUAAUGAAAAUUAUUAAUCAUUCCUCGCUAUUGGGGACUCAUCGAUCGUUGACAGUCCUCUUCUGGGCAACAUGACGAGACUAGCUCGGAUACAUUGUUUCCUAAGCCUUAGUCGUCUUAUUCGUUACGUUUAAUAAUUGUUUUGUAUCGUAUGAGAUUUUACCGUGGGUACAGAGUAAUUAAUCAAAAAGUUUGUCAACCGAUUAAUAUAUUAUAUGUGCACGGUAGCCUCUGUUAAUUUGUUGCUAUCGAUUGUCAAGGGGCUCGGACACUCUUAAUUUUCGCUUUAUUUUCCCUUUCCUUUUAUCUCUCUCACUCGGACAUAAAAGCGACAUUAUAUAUAUUUUAUUCUUUAAUACGUAAUUCGAGAUUAUCAUGUACAUAAGGGUUCAAAUGCGCAUGGAACACAUGGAUUUAUUUUCAUUAAAUAUUUUCAAAUUGUAUUAUAAUUUGCUACACGAAGCUGUAGAAUUGUUUUCUUCAUUUAUUAUUUUUCCUAUUUUUUUUUCACAUAUUCGACCAAAUUUUGCGAAAUAUAUUAUUUCGACUCUUACAAGUUUCCUCAUAAGCUCCAUGUCGCUAUACUUCACCAAAUUUAAAAUGUGAGAAAAUAAUCGGGAUCGAUGUAAAUGUAUUUGUUACUGUAGAGUUAAUGAAUUGUGUAUAAAAAAAGGGAAAAAAGCUAUUAAAUAUAUUUGUGUUAACUCAAGAUUGUUAACAAGAUCAAAUUUGAUAAUAUUCAAGUAUCUAUGCGAUUAAAUAUAUUGUGUCAUACUCUGCGUGCGGAGUUUUGGUAGUGACGAAAAUAUAUUUUCCAUUGUAAACGCC